UGUGCUAUGUUGUGCUGUAUUGUGCUGUGUUGUGCUGUGUUGUGCUGUAUUGUGGUGUGUUGUAUUACGUUGUGUUGGUUUGUGGACUACGUCGUGGAGCAUCCCGCAGACGGCCGCCCGGAGAUCAUCUGGGUCAUCGAUGACAACGGCCGUGUCGUUGUCUUCGAUGAUUCAGAUGAGUCUUCCGAUGAAGAAGAGGUCUGGACCGACGACGAGAGCACCAGCGAAGACUCCGGCUAUAGCAGCCUAGACGAGGACGAAGAGGACAUGGAGGUCGACGUAGAAGAGGACGUCCGACCACGGUCCCCCCUGGUCCAACGUCUCCCCCCUCCUGCUGGUGCUCCACUCAUCGCUGCCCCCGCUGAUCCCCUUGCUUUCCACAUCAGCUCCUUCCUAAAGAGGGCCCGGGAAGAGAGCGAUGUGGCGAGGCAGGUAAGUCCGAAGAGGCAGCGGGCCAGUGAAGAAGAAGACCCGGAGGAAGGACCUUCCACUUCCCGUGCCGCUUCUUCCACAAACCCAGCACCGGACCCCACCGCGUCACGUCCCGCUUCGUCAGGUCUGGACUUCCCUGUGAUGGGUGGAAACUGGUUCAGGCCUUUUUGGAGUCCUGGCACUGACAGUGACUCCGAUUAG